ACGCCCCCUCCCCCACCACGGCCGGGGGCGCGGGAGGGGGGGAAGGGGAUGCACUGUGGAGAGAGCAUCGCUCUUCUGGCCGGUCUGGGUGUGCCUGCCUCAGCACGUCGAGGGUGGGGGUGAAGGAGAGCGGCUCCGUGGGCACGAGCCGGCUCCCACGUGGCUGCAGUCGUCGCAACAGGGCUCCCAGGGUGGCUGCAAACGUGGAGGCGGCCCAGACCCUGGGCCUGCCGCGGGCGAAGGAGGCCUGGAGGUUGGGUCUGGGGUCUCUGUCUGGAAACUACCAUUGCUAGUAUCACCACUAGGGUGGUCUCCCGUUCCCUUGAAGCAUGGCCUAACCCAAAAAUCGUUCUCCGGAGGUGUUUAUUAUUUUUUUUUAAACUAGAGAAGAGGAAAGAAGCUAGCAGUGUCCCUUCUCAUGGCCAGGGCAUGUGCCAAAUCAUGGGCCCGCGGUGGGCCUCCGCUUGCUGUCCUAGCCACCGUUGUCCAGGGAGGGAUAAAAGCAGAGCAAAGGACACUGCUGACCCAGGAGAGCUGAGUCCCAGGCCAGAUGGGAGCGACCCAGCUCAUUGUCUGGACCACAGUGUCCCUUUCUUGUCUGUGCACAAUGCCUUAACUGUGUAGGGUGGCAUGGAGGUUGGCCUGCAAAGAGGCCAGGGCCACAUGGAGGUGCCCUGCCCAAGGGAGCUCCUCGAAUGGCUGCUGAGUCAGAGGAAAUGACCUCUGGCUCCCUUCCCAACCUCCCCUCCCCUCAUCAGACAGUGUUCUGGAGAGAGAAAUGGCCCCCCUGCCAGCAGGACCUGACUCAGCAGAUGCCAGCCCUGACCACAGACUUCAGAUACAGCAUCCCUGAAACCACAACCAACCAUUCCUAGGUUUCUCUUUCUAUCCAGUGACAUAUCUGUGCCCAGGAUCUGGGGCAUUUGAGGCCUUGGCAUAAGAUUCCCUUAAAUGGAUGCUACCUGGGAAGUCAGGCAGGGAGACCUGGGGCAUUAGUCACAGGUUCCUUUCAUUCUUUGCCUGCUCUGUGUGCAAUCUGAGUUCUACAGCCACAGUCGCCUAAUCCUUAGAGCAGUUGUGCAAGGUCGCUCGCGGCCCCGGGUGAAGCAGGCCCGCGCCGGCCGGCGCCAUGGAAAGGAGAGGGAACCACAGUUGCCCCCCGCCGGCAUGCGCGCCCAUUGAGCCCCGCCGCAGGCAGCCCCCGGCCGCAGGUCCCCGAGUGACACUGGCGGCACCUGGGAGCGUGGCGCGGCCCCGGGGCCACGCCGAGGAGCCCAGCGUCCAGUAAAGCUGACGAGGACCUGCCGCUUGCGCCGCAGCCAUGGUGAUGUCCCAGGGCACCUACACGUUCCUCACGUGCUUCGCCGGCUUCUGGCUCAUCUGGGGUCUCAUCGUCCUGCUCUGCUGCUUCUGCAGCUUCCUGCGCCGCCGCCUCAAACGGCGCCAGGAGGAGCGACUGAGGGAGCAGAACCUGCGCGCCCUGGAGCUGGAGCCCCUCGAGCUUGAGGGCAGCCUGGCUGGAAGUCCUCCGGGCCUGGCGCCGCCACCGCCACCGCACCGCAGCCGUCUGGAGGCGCCUGUGCACGCGCACUCGCACGUGCACGUGCACCCUCUGCUGCACCACGGGCCGGCGCAGCCGCACGCGCACCCGCACCCACACCAUCACGCACUGCCGCACCCACCGCCGUCGCACCUCUCCGUGCCGCCCCGGCCCUGGAGCUAUCCGCGCCAAGCGGAAUCGGACAUGUCUAAGCCGCCGUGCUACGAGGAGGCGGUGCUGAUGGCCGAGCCGCCGCCGCCCUACAGCGAGGUGCUCACGGACACUCGCGGCCUCUACCGCAAGAUCGUCACGCCCUUUCUGAGCCGCCGCGACAGCGCGGAGAAGCAGGAGCAGCCGCCUCCGAGUUACAAGCCUCUCUUCCUGGACCGGGGCUAUACCUCGGCGCUGCAUCUUCCCAGCGCCCCGCGGCCCGCCGCCCCCUGCCCUGCCCUCUGUCUGCAGGCGGACCGCAGCCGCCGUGUCUUCCCCAGCUGGACCGACUCAGAGCUCAGCAGCCGAGAGCCCCUGGAGCACGGAGCUUGGCGCCUGCCCGUCUCCAUCCCCUUGUUUGGGAGGACUACAGCCGUAUAGAGGGGCGCUCGGCGUCCCGAGCCCCACGGGCGAACUCCUAGCCUGACUGCGAGGCUUUUUAAAUGCUUCCCUUGGACUGCAGGGAGGGGUGGGGGGAGGGAGGGAUUUCUUACCCUGUUUGUUACAUUUUGAGGAUAAUAAAGGUGUGUGAUCUGCUUUGGUACAA